GUGCGAGGAUAGAUGGCAGGGCGUCUCUCCCGGGCCGCGCAGGGCCGCGCAAAGCCGCGUUGCACGCACUGUCAGUUCAGUUCAGUUAUGCUCGGAUAUCCGUGCAACGAGUGACCAUUGUGUGGAUCAGUCUGCCGAUCUCGAGAUCAUCCCCCAUUCUGGAGAGCGCGGCGUGUCCGAUCGUGAUCGCGAGAUCGGACCGCGAGGCCGCUCAGAUCGGCACCCUCGACGCUUGCCGAGACGCACCAAAGACACGCCUGUCGCCGGGUAGAAAAAAGGAUGCACGUUUCUUGCCGACGAUGCGUUCGUUUACCCUCAAUGGGAUUGGCUCGAUUCCUUAUACGAUGAUAGCCGAUAUAUUUAUGGCAUAGAGUAGCGAAAAAAUUAGAUACAGCGUCUACGAGAGACAGUGCGAGUCGAUUCGAGAGGUUCGAGAGAUCCAAAGAUAUGCUGAAGAUUCCGUACUUUAAAUGACGAGGCAAGCGACGAUUAACGAGUGAUUUCCUCGAGGGUGUGAUAAGACGAGGCUCGAGAAAGAGGGAAAGAUAAAGAUCCGUAGAGAUGCGCGUAUCACGCCCCGUCGGCGCUUUUCAAUUACGCGAAUCUAGAUCGCAAAGCUGUUAGCGAAUUAAGCGGAGGCUUGAGAGCGGACUAUGCGGGCUAAACGCGAGAUGGAAAGAGGAAAGUAACGAUCGUAUCGUGCCGUCGCGAUGAGAAAUCGUAUCCGGAUAAAUUCGCAGAGCCAACGUAGCGACGUGACAAUACCAUGGAGCGUAAAAGCAAGAAGAACUGGAAAUGGUCGAUUUAUCCGAUAAACUCAUCUUGAUCACGUUUGCCGGCACGCUGCGCCAAUUUCGCGUACAAAGUCCGAAACUCGCGGGCAAUUUUCACGACCUGCAGAAUUCAUUCACUCGCCAGAAUCGAUCGGGCUUGGGUACGAGGAAGAAAUCGACGAACACUCCGCGAAGCGACUAUGAGAGAUAAAAAAUGAGGUGUCUAAUCUUGACCCUCGGUCUGCUGGUUUCGGUGCAAGGACCUAUCCAUUGUACGGCCGAUCGUAGGGUAUAUGAGGAUCGCGCAUCGGAGCCGCUCGAUCGAGGGCCGUAUUUCGACAUCUCAGCCUCUCGCAAUGUGACAGCUCUCGUUGGAAAAACGGCGACACUGAACUGUCGAGUACGAAAUUUGGGCGAUCGAACGGUUUCAUGGGUGAGGCACAGGGAUAUCCAUCUUCUCACCGUGGGCGUCGAGACGUACACGUCGGACCAGAGAUUCGUCGCGUCGCAUUUUCCCCACACGGAGGACUGGACGCUACAAGUGAAAUAUCCUCAACGACGAGAUUCCGGCACAUACGAGUGUCAAGUGUCCACAACGCCGCCCAUAGGUCAUUCCAUGCACCUCUCCGUGGUCGAGCCUGUCACUAUGAUCGUUGGAGAGCCAGAAAUGUACAUAAACAAGGAAAGCACUAUGAACUUGACCUGUGUUGUGCGGCAUAGUCCUGAACCCCCUAUGACCAUUUACUGGACUCACGAUCACGAGGUGAUCAAUUAUGACAGCCCAAGAGGUGGGGUAUCGGUUAUCACAGAGAAAGGCGAAGUAACGACGUCAUACCUUUUAAUUCAACGUGCUCAACCGGCGGAUAGCGGACAAUACACCUGCCAUCCCAGUAACGCUAACACAAAGACAGUCCUAGUUCAUGUACUUAAUGGGGAACAUCCAGCUGCGAUGCAGCAUGGCGGGCAGCUAAGAUUAGCCAAUCUACCUUUUGUAAUGAUCUCAACGACGCUGUUGACCUUCCUGAAUCAUCCUUAUUAAUCGUAGAGCUGGACCAUUAUAAACGUUAGCUGAAAACAUUCCUUCGAAAUUUCUUUUCGCACUGAUACCACCUAAUUUUCCGCGAAAAAAGGAUAGCGUGACUAUCUAUCGUUGAACAUUGAAGAGCUCGUAUGAAUAGACGAUCGAUAAAAUAAACUUGCACAAGUUUGAGAGUCUUUUUACGAUGACGUGACUUAUAUUAUACUCUCCUUAAUAUACUUUCGUGUUAUUAAAAGAGAAAUAUAUGUUGUCAUUAUCCAACAGUUAUCAUCAUAUAUCCCUUAUAAUUUAUUAUGAAAUAUUUUUUAAAUUAAUUGCCCUUUAUCAUUGUUCUUUUCAAUUAAAGCUUUCCUUUAUAUCUAUUAUUAAAUGUUUUCUGUAGAAGUUGAACGUCAUCUAUAUCGCUUGUGUUUGGAAAGUCAAUAAAAGCGUAUCUUGUAAAAGUUAACGGAGACGAAUAUAAUGGAUAAAAAAAAGAAAUUUUAUCUUGAAAUACGUUGGGACAUUGCAAUAUAAACGCGAUGUAAGGACAUACGAAGACAAAACAAAUGUAUUAUUUGCGGUGGAAACGGAAAAAAGAGCUUUUUAACACAAAAAGAUGUAAAAACGAGAAGAAACUUUUAUUGGUGCUAAAAUACUGUAAAUGUGCAAUUUAGGGUGGAGACAGGGUAGCGAAAAUCGAAUAUAUUUGUGAAAAUAAUUGCCGAGUAUCUAUUCGAACGGCUCACCUCGAGCUGCAGAUAAUGUUACAUUUGUUUUAUCAUGAUUUACAUACGACAAUACGUUGCGCUUGCCAAAAGAAUGUGUACGUGUUACUGUUAAAAACUAUAGAUUAGAUUUUAACAUAGAUAUAUAUGUUAAAAUCUCUAUCAUUAUGUUACGAGGAAAACGCGCAUAUAAGAGUAUAUAUAAGAUAUGAUAUAAAAUGGCUAAAACGCUCGAGGCGCUCGAUAAUAUAUAAAUGACUGUGUCAGGUUGAUGUAACUGGAAUCAUUUGCAUAAACAAUGCAAGUUUUUAAAAGACAAGUGCUUGUUAAUGAUUGUCUUCGACACAAGGGAACCCAAUGGCUAUGAUCGCUACAGUGAAGCUACGAAAAAUGCGCUUUGUUAAUCAUCGAAUACGAAUCUUGCGCAUAAUCAUGUUAGAAUCCUAUUCUGAUUCUAUUCCAUUCACUGGACGAUGUAUCAGUCUCUGAUAACAUUUUAUUUUAUAUUAAAUAAACUUGUUUGAUAAUGAGCAUUUGCGUCGCUUCGACACUGUUAUAGAGCUCUAACAUGGAGGCGAUAAAUUGUAAUAUACACGCUAUAAUUUAGCAUCUAUGAUAAUUAUAACGGUCGAGAUUAUAGUAAUUGAAAAAGAUUUGUUCCUGUAUACUGUUUGAUGUACGAUACUGUAUCCUGUACGAACAUCGACAUGUAAUGUGUCAUUACCUUAUUACGUAAUACGUAUACGUUAAUACAUGUAACAAUACGUUAUAUAAAAGAAGAGGAAAAGAAGGAACCAUAAAACCUGAACUUGGUAAUCAAUUAAGUAAAACGAAGAAUAGCUUAUUUUGAUAUUACAUUGUGCAUUUUAAAGAUUUUUUAAGUAUUGCAUUUUAAGUGUUUAAGUAUAAAGAAGUAAAUAGAUAGUUUGAGAUUUUAUCUUGUCGUCAACGAUAUGUGCUUGUAUAACGUUAUUGCCGUGCAAGUUAAAAUUAGGAUGUCAAUGUGUAUCAUAUGUUUUACCGUGAAAAUUAUUUAAAUUUGUGUGGGCAAUUAAACAUUUUCGUCCACUUUUUGAUUUGACGAAUCUAGAUAUAUAGCUGAUUGUUAUAAAUAUUUCAUGCAAAUAAAUCUGUUAUAGUUAAA